AUGUCAUUGGAAACACCUUUAGACCUUUUAAAAUUGAAUCUAGAUGAGAAAGUGUACGUGAAGUUGCGUGGUGCACGUUCGUUGACCGGCACGUUGCAAGCUUUUGACUCUCAUUGUAAUAUUGUACUAAGUGAUGCUGUGGAGACGAUAUAUGAAUUGGAAGACGGUGAUUUGAAGAGCACGGAGAGGCAAUCAGAGAUGAUCUUUGUCAGAGGAGACACAGUGACGCUAAUAACGACCCCAGAAGAAGAAUAA